UGGACGCGCAUUUAAACUUGCGAGGUUUAUAAAAUGUUUUCCUUUAGUUAUCAAAUGUGUUAGACGUUCAAAACAAAUAGGAUUGUGUUGUGUACUGUGUGAAAAUGACAGAUAUGGCUCCUUAUCUCGCGGUUAACGAUGAGGAGGACAGCGGCGAGCCCGACAGUGAUUCCUCCGACUUCGAAGACGAUUUGCCUCUAAUUUUCAAUAAACCCAGACACUUAGAGCCUAUCAAAGGAGCAGAGCGUGAGGAACACUCAUGGAGGGUCAAAGAGAAGUACAAGACACACUGCGUGGCAUUGGUGCUGUGCCUCAAUGUAGGUGUCGACCCGCCUGAUGUUAUCAAAACACAACCCUGUGCCCGUCUGGAGUGCUGGAUUGAUCCCAACUCACUGUCGCCCAGCAAAGCACUGGAAAGCAUCGGCAAUGCACUACAGACGCAGUACGAGCGCUGGCAGCCGCGUGCUCGCUACAAGCAGUCCUUGGACCCCACUAUGGACGAUAUUAAAAAGCUUUGCUGCUCGCUUCGCAGAAAUGCGAAAGAAGAACGCGUCUUAUUCCACUACAAUGGACACGGUGUUCCCAAGCCUACCUCUCAGGGAGAGAUAUGGGUUUUCAAUAGGUCGUACACGCAGUACAUCCCGCUGUCGAUGUACGACCUGCAGACGUGGAUGGGCGCGCCGUCGCUGUACGUGUACGACUGCUCCAACGCGGGCGCCAUCGUGGACAACUUCAAACAGUUCGCCGUGCAGCACGAGAGAGAUUUCGAGAUGCAGGCGAGCUCCAAGGCCUGCGACGCCGGCGCGCCCGCCGUGUCGUACAAGAACUGCAUCCAGCUGGCGGCGUGCGCGGCCGGCCAGAGCUUGCCGAUGUCCCCGGAGCUGCCGGCGGACCUGUUCACGGCGUGCCUCACCACGCCCGUCAAGAUGGCCAUCAAGUGGUUCGUGCUGCGGACGCGGCUGCGCGUGGCCCGCGCCGACCUGGUGGACCUCAUUGACAAAAUUCCAGGGCAAGUGACUGACCGCCGCACGAUGCUGGGCGAGCUGAACUGGAUCUUCACGGCCAUCACGGACACCAUCGCCUGGAGCUCGUUGCCGCCCGAGCUGUUCCAGCAGCUGUUCCGCGCGGACCUGCUGACGGCCAGCCUGUGCCGCAACUUCCUGCUGGCCGACCGCAUCAUGAGAUCCUACAACUGCACGCCGGUGUCCUCGCCCGCGCUGCCGUCCCUGGCGCGGCACCCUCUGUGGGCGGCCUGGGAACACACGCUGGACCUGGCCCUGGCUCAGCUGCCCGCGCUGCUGGACCGGCCGCACCACCACAACUACCACCAUUCACCCUUUUUCCGCGACCAGUUGACCGCCUUCCAACUUUGGCUUGAUCUUGGCAACUGGUCGGUGCAGCGGCCUCCGCCGGAGCAGCUGCCCAUGGUGUUGCAAGUGCUGCUGUCCACCCUGCACCGCGUGCGAGCGCUGCAGAUCCUGUGCCGCUUCCUGUCGCUGGGCGCGUGGGCCGUGCGCGCGGUGCUGGCCGUGGGCAUCUUCCCCUACAUGCUCAAGCUGCUGCAGGCCUCGGCGCACGACCUGCGCGCGUCGAUGGUCUAUAUUUGGGCCAAGAUCGUAGCAGUUGACCCGAGUUGUCAAGUUGAUCUUGUAAAUGCAAAAGGCCACAAAUAUUUCCUGUCCAUACUUCAAGACUCAACAGUUGAUACCGAGCAUCGCACACUGGCAGCAUUCGUUCUGGCUGGAAUUGUGGACAACUACCCCGCGGGACAGGAGGCAGCUCUACAGGGCUCCAUGAUAUCGGCGUGCCUGGAGAAGCUGCGCGAGUGGGCGGAGGCGGGGGGCGUGUGCGAGGACGGCGGCGAGGCGGCGCUGCUGAAGUGGGCGUGCAUCGCGCUGGGCCGCCUGUGGCGCGGCUGGGACGCGGCGCGCUGGGUGGGCGUGCGGGACCGCGCGCACGACAAGCUGGCCGCGCUGCUACUCCACCGCCGCCCCGAGGUGCGCGCGGCGUGCACGUUCGCGCUGGGCACGUUCGUGGCGGCGGGCGCGCACGCGGCGGCGCGCACCGACCACGCCAACGCGCUGGACCAGCUCGUGGCCAAGCGCCUGGCCGAGCGCCUGGCCGUGGACGCGUCGCCGCUGGUGCGCGCAGAGGUGCUGGCGGCGCUCCAGUGGAUGGUGCUGAUAUUCGAACAACACUUUAUCGCUGUUUACAUACAAGAGAGAAUGAAAAGGAGCGAUAGCGGGCACCCGGAGCGCGGCGGCCGCAUCGACCCCGCGCUGGACGCGCUGGCGGGCGCGCGCCACCCGCACUCGGCCGUCCCCGUAACCCGUCGUGUUGCUCUUCUAGGCUUCGGCUCGGUGUUCCUGGAGCUGUGGAACCCGCUGUGCGCCAUGGCGCGCGAGCCGCACCCGCAGCUGGCGCAGAUGGCGGCCGACAUCGUGGCCUACGUGUCCAACCAGGUGGACAGCGUGGGGCGCGAGGUGGAGCGGCCCGGCGCCGCGCACAGCAACUCGCUGCCGCCGUCGCCCAACUCGCGGCCCGCCCUGCUCGCGCACGACUCGCGCACGCUGCCGCACAUGGGCCAUCGUCGAGGCAAGUCCGGCUUGCCGCACACCAUAUCGGAGGAUUCCGUGGCGCACAGAGACCGGGAACGCGACUCCACUUCUUCCAAUUCUAGUCAGUCCGCUAAGAAGGUGAUCGUGAGCACGCAGUUCGUGGAGUGGGCCGCGGCGCAGUUCGCGCGCGGCGACGCGGCGGGCGCGGCCGGCCCCUUCAGCGCGGCGGGCGCGGCGCCGCGCGCCGACCGCGACAGUCGCGCGCACCACGAGCGCGAGUGGCGGCGCGAGCGCAACCGCAGCAUCCGCCGAGAGGCCCGCGCGCUGCGCGGCUGCAAGGCGCCGCGGCUGGAGACGGUGGCGUUCCACUCGCGCUGCCCGCUGCCGCCCGCCGUGGUGCUGUUCCACCCGUACGAGCAGCACGCCGCGCUGGCGUCGCGCGAGAACUUCGGCAUCUGGGACUGGGGCACGGCGGCCAAGCUGUGCGUGGGCGCGUGGCGGCGCGCGUGGGGCCGCAUCACGGCGCUGGCCUACCUCAACGCGCACCAGAGCGCGCUGCUGGCCGUGGCGUCGCACCAGGGCCACCUCGCCAUCUACCGGCCGUCGGGCGGCAGCGCCGAGCCCGCGCUGGUGGCGGCGUGGCGCGCGCUGGACGUGCGCCCCGCGCCCGACUACCGCCCGCCCUCCGCGCAGCCCAUCUACAGCCUGGCGCAGCUGGUGUCGGAGCAGUUCGCGGCGCCCGACGAGCGCGGCCCGCGCGCGCCGCACGACGCGCCCAGCCGUGAGUGCCCGGGCGCCAGCGGCGCUCCGCCCACGGGCACGCUGGUGCGCUGGAGCGCGCGGCGCCGCUCGCUGGCGCUGGCCGGCCAGGCCGCGGCCGUGCGCCUGUGGGACGCGCACGCGGAGCUGCUGCAGGCAGAGAUCCCCACCGGCUGCGAGGCGGCGGCCACGGCGCUGUGGCGCGGCGGGCGCUCGGCGCGGCUGGUGUGCGGCUUCGGCGACGGCUCGGUGCGCGCGUGGGACGAGCGCGCGGCGCGGCCCGUGGCGGCGCUGCACCACCACGCCGCGCCCGUGCUGUGCUGCGCGCCGCGCGACGACCUGUACACGCUGGUCACGGGCUGCUCGGAGGGCGAGAUCCGCAUCUACGACACGCGCACGCUGAGCCCCGUGGAGGUGCUGCGCGCGCCCGGCCCGCUGGCGGCGCUCGACGUGCACCCGCGCGCCGCGCUGCUCGCCUGCGGGUCGGUGAACCAAUGCAUUAGCAUCUACGACCUGAAGGGCGCGCAUCUCAACACUAUCAAGUUCCACGAAGGGUUCAUGGGCGCGCGCAUCGGACCCGUGCGCGCUGGGCGUUGGCUCCAAGGACUCCACCGUGUCGGUGUACGUGUCGGAGGCGCGCCGGUGACACUCGCUCUACGGGCUCGCCCUCUCGCUGCCCUUCAACCAGUGACACUCAGUUAUUUAGUGUUAAUUAUAUUAGUUGGUAAGAGCUCGUGUGAGAGGCUGGCGUGGCGCCUCGCCGCACAGCCCUCGCGCUUCGGUCUCGGAAAUAACGAUGUUACACAGGUCCCGGCUGUGUGUAAACCUGCAGGCUCGUAUUCGUUUCAGGUUCCAGGGCGCAUUGGUAUGGCUCCAGCGACAUUUUUGCGCUGUAUCAAGACAAGAAAUCUUUAA